UACCAUCAUGCAUCAUCAUCCACGACCACGAGGAUCCCAUUUUUUCAAAAUUUAAAUGCAUCCCCUCGCGAGAGAUACAGACCUUGCUGAUUCGCUGCGCCUCUUCCUCUAUCUUUUUCUCCAGUCAAUUAAUCUCCGAGGUUUUAAGGUUUAGAAUUCUUCAACGGAAAAGGGGGAAAGUUUCAAUCUUGGAUCGCCAUGCCUAAGAGGGUCCUUUGCAAGUUCUUUGCUCAUGGAGCAUGUCUGAAAGGGGAUAAUUGUGAGUUUUCUCAUGUUUGGAAGGCUCCACCAAAUAAUAUUUGCACAUACUAUCAAAAAGGAAUGUGUGCCUAUGGUAGUCGAUGCAGAUAUGAACAUGUUAAAGCUUCUUGGUUGGAGUCAGCAGCAUCAUCUUCAUCAGCAAAUCCUCGUCCAUCUCUAGUCUCAAAUUUUAAUCCUGAAUUUCUUCCUCCAAAAACUGCAUCAAAUGGGGUAACUACACUUCCGGGUUCUCCUGCAGUGACUAAAGCUUUUGCUCCCAGGGCUAAACCAGCUCGGAAUUCAGAUCCUACUCAGCACACUAUUUUGGACCAUGGUGAUGUUCUGGAACCUAGGAAUGUAAAUCCAGUUGAUCGUCCUCUCUGUUCAUUUGACGCGGCUGGUAACUGUCCUCGUGGUGAUACCUGUCUGCAUAUUCAUGGGGACUUAUGUUCCACCUGCGGAAAGCAUUGCUUGCACCCUUUUAGACCUGAAGAAAGAGAGCAGCAUAAGAGAACAUGUGAGAAAAAGCAGAAACGUCUAGAGGCAUUAAAACAUAGUCAAGAAAUUGAGUGCAGUGUGUGUAUGGAGUAUGUACUCUCAAAGCCCACAGUAGCUGAAAGGAAGUUUGGGUUACUAUCAGAAUGUGAUCAUCCAUUCUGUAUAUCAUGCAUCAGGAAUUGGCGUAGUAGCUCUCCAAGCUCUGGAGUGGAUGUUAAUUCUGCACUCAGGACUUGCCCAAUAUGUCGUAAGCUGUCAUACUUUGUUGUUCCCAGUGUGAUUUGGUACUCAACACAAGAAGAGAAACAGGAAAUUGUUGAUAGCUACAAGGAAAAACUCAGCUCAAUUGAUUGCAAACACUUCAACUUUGGGAACAGGAAUUGUCCCUUUGGGACUAGUUGUUUUUACAAGCAUACGGUCAAGCCAGGCUCAUAUAUGUGGAAGUAUAACAGACCACCUCCUUCCAGGCGGCCUCCACGCAGAUCCAAUAUUGUCGAUAUGGAUGAGUUAUAUGAUGUGUUUGAGCGUAUGAUGGAUGAUGAGUACCUUUGCUAUGCCGAAGAUUUUUAUGAUGGAGAUCUAACACCUAUGGAGAUGGCAUUGUUACUAAUGCAUCUGGAGAUUGAUUCCGAUGGCUUCUCUAGUGAUGAGGAGGACGUAUCUUAAUUUCUUCGAUUGUCGUCUUGUAACUACUAUACUUUUUUUGUUGGAUAUUCGGUUUUUUGCAAGGUUGUCUUUUUGACUGCUUUCAACAUACUGCUUGUGGGAAAAGAUAGUGGUUGUAGUUUACUUCCUGGCAAUUGUAUUUAGUUUUAUGUGGGAUACUAAAGGAUCACCCUAAGAUGAUCAUCUCAUGGCGACGAUGGGAGAAAUAGUGUGGUUUAUUUGGCCAAUAUGUUCUUCUGUUGUGAUUGGCUGUUUACCUGCCUUGAAUGCAUAAGCUAGUUGGUUGAAUUGCUA